GCCUGUUUGCAGCAGCUCAUGACAUGAAGAUGGAGUGGCUUGUCGUUAAAGGUGUUCGUGAGUUUAUACAUGGCAGUGGAUCUAAAAACGAUUCAUGGAAGAAUUUUGCUUGUGUUAUGGCAGCUUCUGUUGUAUCCAACCUGUUGGGUAACCCUUUUGUGUUUGAAGACUGGCCUCACUAUGGAGUUUCGUUCUCUAUUUUGCUCUUCUCACAGCCGGAUGAAACAAAUCUGUUUGACUUCGUCCAUGGACAUCAAUCAUGGGCUGAUUACUUAACGUACAUGGAGCAAGAUGGCGCUUGGGGUGACCAUGUUAUUCUAUGUGCCGCAGCAAACUGCUACAAAACUUGCAUUCGUGUGGUCAGCAGUCUUUCGGCAGCUCCCGAAGUUAUCGUACAGCCACAAUGUCCUGUUGACAAAAGCAGGACACUUGUGUUGGGACACAUCCAUGAAGUACACUAUGUUAGCCUUCAUUCUACACAAGAGUCGUCAAUUGUUAAGAAGUGCCAAGAGCAGCUCAAGUCUUAUUAUGACACCUUCAGUAAAGUUAAAACGGUACCGUGGGACGACAGCAGAUCUGUUGAUAUUGAGCAGAUCUACACACCUUUGUAUUGGGUCCGAGAUGAAAGGACGCCCAGCAGAGUCAGACAAGAGAAACUUGGGGACUACACCAACAUGUUCAAGGGAAAUAAACAUCAUCGCAAACCAACACGAAUGCUUGUUUAUGGUCGGCCAGGAAUUGGCAAGAGUACGUUUUGUAAAAAGGCUGCCUAUGACUGGUCGAAAGCCUUAAAAGAAAUCUCGAUGAACUUUUGCAUUUUGCUGCUGAUUAAGUUGCGAGAUGUGUGUAAUUUGGGAGAUAUCUGUGAUGUUUUAUCUGCGUCUAAACUGCUGGCCAGUGAUGGUCCGAUCUCAGUGGACAGUCUCUAUGAUUACAUAAUUAACAAUCAAGAUAAAGUGCUUCUUAUUUUGGAUGGGUAUGAAGAUUACAGCUGUGUAGAACACUCACCCAUCCUCGAAAUUUGGAAGGGCAAGCUUCUUAAAGAUUGCUACGUUAUUGUCACCACGCGACAUAUUCAAUGUGACGAGUUAAGAGGUCCCAGCCACGUUCAGUUUGAAAUGCACGGUUUCAAAAGUUUGGAUCAAAUCGAAACAUUUGCAAGUAAAUUUUUGGCCACCGGGAAAGAUGUCGAAGAGUUUAUGAGCUUUCUUGUGGAGAAAGAUCUCCUCGACAUGGCAGAAAUACCUCUCCUCUUACUAAUGCUGUGCCUUUUGUGGAAUGAGAAACAUUGCGAAGGACUGCCAACGUCACGGGCCGACAUUUAUACGCAUUUUAUUCAAACUUUGCUUGAUCACAGGUGUUCAAGUCAACAGCGUAUAGCAUUUCAUCAGAAAGUGACUUCAACAGAAGUUAGGGAAGACCUCAGUAAUAUUGGAAAGGUUGCCUUCGAUGCACUAUUACAAGGCUGUCUUUACGUACGCUGCAGCGAACUCCCCGACAGUAUUUCAAGAACUUUUGAAAAACUCAGUGAAGCUGGACUUUUCCAGAUUGUCAAUAUGACGAGUCUGAAUCGCGAGAAAGGGGCCUUUUUCAUUCAUAAAUCCGUACAGGAGUUCCUUGCAGCCUGGCACAUCAGGGAGGAAGUAUUAUCGAUUAAAGGCGACAGUACGCGCAGCUUGUCCAAAGUUGAAACGCUUGAAAAGAUCAUCAAGACGAAGGAAGUACUCAAAUUUGCUUGUGAGCUGUCAAAGGAAGCCGCGCUCGCGGUUUUCCGUCACCUAUGGUGUGUUGGAAGAAAGGAAUCUUUGUCAGAACGUGAUUUCAUCGGGCAAAUCUUCGGAGAUGUGACCCCCCCCUAUGUACUAGCUAGAGGACCUUUCGCAUUUGAAGUAUUCCAAAGAGCAUUACAAAGUGGGAAGGCCUUUGACAAACGAACAAAGAUAUUAUUGAUUGGUCAGGACCGUGUUGGUAAAACAAGUCUUGGAAAACAUCUCAGAGGUGAAAAAUUCAAAGAAGACGAACCUAGUACUGAUGGAGUGGAAAUGACGCCAGCUAUCAAGAAUGCAAGUUUGCAAGCAUGGAAAAAUCCAGCCUCUCUUGACUUUACAAGUGCAUUUGAUCACAAGUGUGCUGAAGUGGUCACAAAGGAGUUACUAAGCAACUCUCCAGAAAAAUCAGACUCAGUUGUACAGUCCACUGAGGAAUCAGCAGGAGGUGAAAGCACAAAAGAAAUGAGGACAAGAGAGUCUGUAAUCAAAGAGUCUGGAACAGAAGACACAAGGGGUGAUGAGCUCAUACAUGAAGCUAAAACUGAAAGCAUUGAGGAUGGCAGACCAGAAGAAAUACCAAGGGAAGUUUCCUCCUCAGGGAAUUCUAGGAGCACGACACCAAUUCAAACCGCAAAGGAUGACAUAGAAGAACCGAACCAAGAGCAGAUGCCAGUGAAUGUUGCCUCCCUUGUAGAGUCUUGUCUUGAAAGGAACGUUCCAAACAACGGUGAUAGCAUAUGGCCAGUUAUUUGGGAUUUUGCUGGCCAAGCCGUGUAUCAUGCCAUUCAUCCAAUUUUCCUGUCUCAAGAUGCCAUUUAUGUGUUAGCGUUGGAUCUGACAAGAGAAUUGGAUGACCUAGCCAAGUGUCGUGUACGGACUAUUGAUCAUGAAGAGGUAGAAGUAAGAUCACCGUGCAGCAAGGAUACCAACCUUGAUCACAUUAUGAAAUGGCUGGACUUGGUACAUUCCUUGCAGAAUCUCGAACAAACAUCAGCGAGGAAACCAUGUGAGCCUUCACCUCCAGUAAUACUUGUGGGCACGCAUGCAGAUAGUGUCAGAAAUUUGGGUCGCGAUCCAAACCAAGAAAUGAAUGUAGUGUAUGACACAAUUUGUAAAAUGGCCCCUACAGAAAUCCUGACUCAUAUUUCCGGGUGUUUUGUCAUUGAUAACACGAAAGCUGGUAAUUCAGAUCAACAAGAAGACCCCCAGAUAGUUUCUUUACGUCAACGGAUAUUGGAAGUGGCUGAAAACAUGCCACACACGAAGAUGAAAGUUCCAUUGCAGUGGCUCCGUGUAGAGGAAAAAAUUUCUGAAAUGGUCAGAAAUGACGUUCACUAUGUUACUAAAGAAAGGUUUGAAGAGGAUGUUGCUGAGGCCUUUUGCCAUUUUGAUGUCAAAGAUGACAUAGAAGAACUUCUCCACUUUUUGCACGCUCGUGGAACAGUUAUCUAUCAUGCUCUCCCUGAGAAUCCAAAGGGCUUGGUAGUCCUGGAUCCAAGAUGGUUGAUCAAGGUACUCACUUCGAUAAUAACUGUGAAUCCACCUCCGAACACCCCCGCUCCUAUCCGAAAAAAGUACCAAGAUCUAGAAAACAAAGGACUUCUUUCUAAUGAAUUGCUCGAUCAUGCACUUCAAAAGUGGAAUUUGGAAGGCGUAAGGGAGGAUUUGCUUGAUGUCAUGGAAAAGUUUGAUCUCAUUUGCGACUCUAGAGGCUUUCAGGGGGAAGAUUACCGUUACAUUGUACCUUGUAUGCUGAAACCACUAAUAGAGGACGUAGGAAGCAACGACGUGAACAACGGCCCUUUACCAGUGUUCCUCACAUUUAGCACUAACUAUGUUCCAAGUGGACUAUUUUGUAGAUUGGUUGUACUUUUUUGGGAAUGGGCCUCACAGUUAUGUAAGGCCCGCGAAUCGCCCACACUGUAUGCAAACGCUGCUCGAUUUAAUGUGAGCAAGUUAUACCACCUCACCUUGGAAGCUCACCAAACUUUGAUCAGGUUGAGACUUUGGACAGGGGGCGAAUGCAUCCCAGAAGAAGAGAAGAGACUCUGUGGGCAAUUGUUGAGGCAUCUGGAUGAUUGCCGAACGAAGCUGCAAAGCAAAUAUCACUGGUUGAAGUCCGUUUCUUGGGAUUUGUUUCUACAAUGCACAUUGUGCAAACCUUGUCCGGCCAAGUGUCGCAAAGAAACGAAAAUUUGUGUUUGGCAUAAAAAGCAAGGUUGUUGUCACUCUGACUGUGGUCACUACAUUCCAUUGGAAGGCUAUACUGAAAGUUGCAGGCACUCUGCUCGUAAAGCACCUUCCUUUUGUCAAGAAAAAUUGAAUCCUUGGAUUCAGGUCAGUGAGCCUCCCGCCUCCUCCGAAUUAAAAAAAGGAAUUG